UAUACGUCCUUCCGUCGACAUGAAAACCCGCGUCCAAGAAGGGAGACGAAGAAGUAGUACACGUGUACGCGUGUUGUUUUUAGGGAUAACGGGAGAGAUGGAAGAGUUAAUGAACGGUGUCGUCGGGCGCGCGUUACACCAUUCGACUGUUUCUUGCCAUUGCCUGUCCAAAACAUGCUUAUUAAACUAAUCACGAAUUAAUUACCGUUAUCUGGCGCGCGGUGUUCACCGGUUAAUCGAGUCGUGGAAUUACACUUCAAAACGUAGUUUUAUCUUUUUCGAAUACUGUAACACAUCUGUGCUAGUGCAGAAUACUACGUUCAGUGCUUUAUCGUACGCAGAGAAAAUUUCGCAGAUCUUAAACGUGAUAGUGAGCAAGUUGUCGGAAUGAGUUAUCGGACUAUAUUCAUUUUCAAGAGCUCGUUAUCAACUUGAGGAGAUUUCAACUGUAAAAAAUCAUAAGAUCGACGUGAUAAAAUAUCGAACGAUUUUUACAUGUAAAAUAUUAGACCGCAGGCAGCGAAAGUGUACGAAGUCGACAGGUUGCGUGAAACUUAUCAGCGUAAAAUUUUCUAAAUACCAUGGUGCCUCUUGGCGGUGAGAUUUCUAUCUGAAACGAGAAUUUUAUGAGAACCGACCACGUCAAGAAAAUAUUUUCCACCAGUGUUUGGUCGUCCUUCGAAAAAUUUCGAUUUUCUUGCCUGGUUUCGCCAUAUCAUCAGACCAUAUCUAUCGAUUGUUCGUGGAUUUCAUUUUACACCCGAUAUCACCAAAUGAUACGUUGCAGCAUGAUUGCGUUGAUCUUGAUUACAUAGACCUCGUAAAUUGCUCGAGUAGUUGCGCUUCUUGUGUUAUUCUGUGUCAUUAUUACACGUUGCCGAUUUGUGCUUAUAAUAAUACGAGGAACCUUGAUUAAGUGUUUUGCUGUAACUUUCACGUUCGGUCGAAACUACGGUAUUUCGCUUCAUUGAUUGGUCGCUAUUUACCUCCAGUUUUUGACGUAAAUGUUUGGUAUCAAAGAGCAUAGAGAACAAUUCCGAAACAUGGCUCCGGAUAAUCAGUAGUUUCGUAUGAUGGUUGAUUAACGUGGCCAAAAAUUUUCACACGUCCUAAUCCACUUGAUGCCGAUGUUUGCACGUGGAUAUGAUUGAUCGUCAUUCAGGGAAGAAUAUCGAGACCUCGCGUGGCAGAGACUUUACGGAGUGCAAACGUAUUUUUCACACAGUGCUCGUUACAUCGCGUUAUUGACAAGGUGUUCUUUUCGCCGACACGCAAAGGGACGCUUCAGUGUAGAUCAAUCGUUUCCUCGUUACAGAAAAAGAAAAAGAAGAAACAAAGAAAAAACGAAAGAACGAAAAUAUAAAGUGAUCGUGUGUCGUUCGACGCGUUGAUUCCUUUUCCUGCGGUAUGAGCACAAGCUGGAUCUAUUUCCGUCGUGAAUUUGUUCUUAGAGCUGUUUCGAAUAUUCUACUCUGUCGCAGGAGAAUUGCGAUACCUGUUGUACAACUCGUCUGGCCAGAGAACCACGUUUACUACUGAAUCUUGAAUCCCGACGUUGAACAAGCAAGCGUGACGAAACUGAAACUCUGACAUAGAGAUUCGUUACACGGACGACGAAGAAUCCCAUGUUAUAAUUUUUCUUUGCUGCUAGAAGCGCAUAUCGCGUUAGUACGUUCGUAGUGUGGCAUCGAAGUGCCUUGCUAAAGUAGAUAAGAAACGAAUAAUACCGAUAAGUUGUCAAUACCAUUUCUGGUUAUAUUCGUUCCAAUGAAGAUAAAGAAAAAUAAAUUAUUUUUGUAAGCUUACGUCAGUAGGAGCCUGAUAAAAUAUAAUCAAAGUUUCGACGGCCGAAAACCAUAAAACGGGUCGAAGGACAGCCGCCAGAAAUCCGCCUUGGCCUACUCGAUUGAAAAUCGCCCCGCUGCGUUCAAUGCAACCAACUGCCAGGGGGAGCCCCCAGGUUCCCAGUCCUGGCUUGUUACGUCCAUUUACACCUCCGGAUCUUUCUUCUAUACCUCAUAUGGACGCUACACCCCCACAAAACAGCGGUGUUCGUAACAGUUCCUCAUCCGUGAGCGGUCAAACCAACGAUGGUGCCCAGCAACAAUCCGGCCCAUAUAUCAUCGGUAGUCCCAUCGAUCUCGGCAACAUCGAUAACGUCGACAAUAUUGGCCUACGUAUAGAUUCCCUGACGACUGGGAUUGAGAGCCGAAGGACACGUGAACACAUCGAACUGCAGGAAGCUGGAGUGCACGAAAGAAGUUCCGAAGUUGGUCCCAUAAGGGCGGAAAAUGGUGCAUCCCAAGGUGACGAUCAACGAUCUUCGUAUCAACAUGAUAGCAGUGAAGAAAGGGUGGUUUUCAUAAAUGCUCCCCAGCAGCCAGCGAAAUACAACAACAAUCGCAUUAGUACCGCGAAGUACUCACUCCUUUCGUUUAUACCUAUGUUUCUUUUCGAACAAUUUCGUCGAUAUAGUAAUUGCUUCUUCCUAUUCAUCGCCCUCAUGCAGCAAAUACCGGAUGUAUCACCUACAGGUCGAUACACAACUUUGGUUCCAUUAAUUUUUAUUCUUAGUGUAUCUGCAUUAAAGGAGAUAGUCGAAGAUAUUAAAAGGCACAGAGCAGAUGAUGAAAUAAAUAUGCGUGAAGUGGAGGUUUUGAGGGAUGGCCACUGGCAAUGGAUACAAUGGAGAAAUAUUGCCGUUGGUGAUGUGGUUAAGGUUCACAACAACAAGUUCUUCCCUGCUGAUUUGAUUUUAUUAUCAUCAUCGGAGCCACAGGGUAUGUCUUUCAUAGAGACUGCCAAUUUGGAUGGAGAAACAAAUUUGAAGAUACGACAGGCCCAUCCUGACACUGCCAGUCUCUUAGAUACUGUUGAAUUAAUGAAUUUUCGUGCAAAUAUUCAAUGUGAACCACCAAACAGACAAUUGUAUGAGUUUAAUGGAGUAUUGCGAGAAACAAAUAAACAACCUGUAGCUUUGGGACCUGAUCAAGUAUUGCCUCGUGGUGCAAUGCUAAGAAACACACGGUGGGUGUUUGGUGUAGUAAUUUACACAGGCCAUGAUACAAAACUUAUGCAAAACAAUACUACAACUGCACCCUUAAAAAGGUCUACCUUGGAUCGACUGACCAAUACACAAAUACUCAUGUUAUUCUUUAUACUUCUUUUGUUGUGUCUAUUAUCUGCAAUAUUUAAUGUUCUUUGGACCAGAGCUAAUAGUUAUGGAUUGUGGUAUUUAGGUUUACAAGAGGAAAUGACUAAAAAUUUUGCUUUUAAUCUCUUAACAUUUAUGAUUUUAUUUAACAAUUUAAUACCCAUUUCGUUGCAAGUCACGUUGGAAGUAGUGAGAUUUAUUCAAGCCACAUUCAUUAAUAUGGAUAUCGAAAUGUACCAUGCAGAAACAGAUACACCAGCAAUGGCACGUACAAGCAAUCUUAAUGAAGAACUUGGUAUAGUUAAUUAUGUCUUUACUGAUAAAACUGGAACUCUUACGAGAAAUGUAAUGGAGUUUAAACGAUGUUCAGUUGGUGGCAAAUUAUAUGAUUUGCCAAAUCCAAAUAUAAAUGGCAAUGAAGUCGCUACUAGUAUUAAUAGUGAGCUAAUUAGAGAUAUUGUUGAAGGAAGAUCAGUACAAGAUUCUUCUCGUCCUGUUGAUAAAAAGGCUGCAAACCAUGAAAAAGUGGUACAUGAAUUUAUGAUUAUGCUCUCAGUGUGUCAUACUGUUAUUCCUGAAAAAAUUGAUGAAACUGUAAUUUAUCAUGCUGCAUCUCCAGAUGAAAGAGCGUUAGUAGAUGGAGCUCGUAAAUUUAAUUACGUAUUCGAUACUAGAACGCCCGCUUAUGUGGAAAUAAUAGCUCUGGGUGAAAGACUUCGUUAUGAAAUAUUAAAUGUAAUAGAAUUUACUUCUGCUAGAAAAAGGAUGUCCGUAAUUGUCAAAACACCAGACGGGAAAAUCAAACUUUUUUGUAAAGGAGCUGAUUCCGUUAUUUACGAAAGAUUAUGUCCAGCUCCCUUAGAUAAUAAUGACCUUGAACAGAGUAGUUUGGACGAUUUCCGAGACGUAACUUUGGAACAUUUGGAGGCAUUUGCAUCCGAAGGUCUAAGAACACUUUGUUUUGCUGUUGCAGAUAUACCUGAUAAUUUCUACCAGUGGUGGCGUGAAACUUAUCAUAAUGCGACAAUUAGUUUAGGAAAUCGUGAAAGUAUGAUCGAAAAUGCUGCGAACCUUAUUGAAACAAAAUUAAGAUUAUUAGGGGCAACUGCUAUUGAAGAUCAAUUACAAGAUCAGGUACCAGAAACAAUACAAGCUCUUUUACAAGCUGAUAUUAAUGUAUGGGUAUUAACUGGAGAUAAACAAGAAACUGCCAUAAAUAUUGGCUAUUCUUGUAAAUUGAUUACACAUGGGAUGCCAUUAUAUAUAAUUAAUGAAUCAUCUUUAGAUAAAACAAGGGAAGUUAUAAUACAGCGGUGUCUUGAUUUUGGAAUCGAUCUAAAGUGUCAAAAUGAUGUAGCUCUUAUUAUAGAUGGAAAUACCUUAGAUUUUGCAUUAUCCUGUGAUAUUAGAAUGGAUUUUCUAGAUUUAUGUUCAUCUUGCAAAGUUGUUAUUUGUUGCAGAGUUUCGCCAAUGCAGAAAGCCGAGGUAGUUGAUUUGAUAACAAGUAACAAAAAGGUUGUAACACUUGCUAUUGGAGAUGGCGCAAAUGAUGUAGCUAUGAUCCAGAAAGCACAUAUCGGCGUUGGAAUUUCCGGGGUUGAAGGUCUUCAAGCAGCUUGUGCUUCUGAUUAUUCUAUUGCGCAAUUUCGUUUUUUAAAACGUUUGUUAUUUGUUCAUGGUUCAUGGAAUUACAGUAGAAUGUGUAAAUUAAUAUUGUACUCAUUCUACAAAAAUAUUUGUCUGUAUGUUAUCGAACUGUGGUUUGCCAUUUACUCCGGCUGGUCCGGACAAAUCCUUUUUGAGCGAUGGUCAAUUGGUCUUUACAAUGUUGUAUUUACAGCAGCUCCUCCACUAGCUAUGGGUCUGUUUGAUAAAGUAUGUUCCGCGGAAACUCAUUUAUCUCAUCCAGGAUUAUAUGCUACAAAAAAUACUGGAGAAUCGUCGUUUAAUUUUAAGGUAUUUUGGAUGUGGAUUGCAAAUGCUUUAAUACAUUCAUCUCUUCUUUAUUGGUUAUCACUGCUGGCUCUAAAAGAAGGUGUGAUAUGGGCAAACGGCCGAGAUGGUGGAUACAUUGUUUUAGGAAAUUUUGUAUACACUUAUGUAGUUGUAACAGUAUGUGGAAAAGCAGGGUUAAUAAUAAAUUCUUGGACGUGGGUCACUCAUUUGGCAACAUGGGGAUCUAUUAUGCUCUGGUUUUUGUUUAUUCUUAUAUAUAGUAAUUUUUGGCCUGUUUUAAACGUGGGUGCAGUGAUGUUGGGCAACGAUAGAAUGCUGUUUUCUUCGCCUGUAUUCUGGCUGGGUUUGGUACUUAUACCAGCAGCAGUGCUACUUGUGGAUGUAACAGUUAAGGCAGUAAAGAAUACAAUUUGGAAGUCCGUAACUGCGGCAGCUAGAGAAAAUGAGAUUCGAAAAUCAGACCCCGGGGAUAUAUUCAACAGUCAUGACUACAGAAGCUCAUUGACGGAGACGGCACGGCUAUUGAAAAACGUAAAAAGUGUUUUCACCAGGCGAUCAAACGCCGCCUCCAGAGUUAAUACCGAUGUGGAACUAUCACAUGGAUUUGCAUUCUCUCAAGAGGAAGGAGGCUCGGUGACACAGACGGACGUAAUCAGAGCUUACGAUACAAAUCUUCCGAAACCUGGCGGCAUGUGAUCUUAAUUCUUCUAGCUAGAGAAACCACACAGAUGUAUAUUCUAUAGGUACUUUUUUCGAUUAACGAAAUCAAAAAUAGAAAAAAAAAAAAAAAAAGAAAAGAAAAAAAGAAGAAAGUGAAGAAAAAUGGAGUUUUUCUGGGAAUUUGGUACUCGCCAAGCCCUACGUAACGCCCGUCUAUUGUGUUUCACAACUGAUUCGACAUUUCGCUUGUUCUUUCCUUGCAAAAGGGAGAUGUUACGAUUUUUGAUGACGGGCCUUGUAACUAAUAGUAUUAGAAAGACUAUCAAACGAUAAUUCUAAAAAGAUGUAUCCCCUGUUUUCUUAAAUUAUUAAGAUUGUGUACGAUUAAGAAAGAAAGAAAGACAAAGAGAAACCCUAUCGGUGUCCUACGCCCUACGUAAUUGUUUUUGAUACCCUCUGAGAUUUACUAUAUCUAUUAUAUACCUCAAAUCUCGUCUUGUAAGAUCUCGUACUUCUUAUAAUCAUCGUUUUUGUCUUGUGCAUUUAAAUGCGGUGCAUUUCUAAACUCAUUUUACGCUAGAUCUAAAUCUUAAGAGAACCAUUACGCACUCUGAAUGUAUAUUCCGUUUUCGUAGUUCAACGGGAACGUAGUUUUUUCGUGGAAUUUGAUGAAUUUAAGAAACGAAUAAUUAUUGUAUAUAGAAAGAAAGAUUUGUUUAUGCGACUGGCGAUACGUAAGGCGAUACAGAGAGUUUGAAUUUCGAUUGCGAACAUAAGCAAAACGUAUAUUCUAAAUAUGUACUGUCAAAACAAAAAGUAUAUGAAUAAGAAAGUAUUCGAGGAAUUAUCCUUCGAAACGUUUAUCGUGUAAAAGGACUAAUUAGCGUUCUGUCGAUUGUCGUGAUUUAGAUGUUAAAAGAACAUUGUUCCCACUUGAUUCCAUGUUAUUCGUUCAUUCAAUUCGUUUUUUUUGUUCGUUGUUAAAUCAAUUUUAAUAUACAUAUUUUGCGAUUAUAUAUACGAUAGUUGCGUUGUUAUCUAGUCAAAAAAAUUUGAUGUGAGUGUGUUUCCAUUCAGAGAUUUACUCUUCCGGCCAUUAUAAAUACUUUUUUUUUUAUGUUUACGACUGAUAAAUAGAAAUUUAUUAUUAAACUUAUUAUUAAAGAAACGAUAUGUGCACAUAUAUAGCAACAAUUUUGUGUACAUUAUAUUCAGGAUACAAUAUACAUAUAUAUGAUUAUAUUCAGAAUAAAAAGAACAUAAUUCAGAAAUAUUGUUUAUAUUGUUGCAAUUGUUCAAUUUUUCAAACUUAUGACAAUUGUUAGAGAAACAUUUGAAUAAUUGGUUCGACUAUAUGUAUGUAUAAGUGGAUUUGAAAUUUUUAUUAAAACGAUAGUAUAAUAUAAAUAUGUAAGUACAAAGCACAUGUAGAUAUAUUGUAUCAGUAAGCUAUGUAUAUAAAAUGUAUAUAUUUCUCUCUCU